GGGGGGGGCGUGUCCGUCUCCGUACGCGGCGCCCCCGAAGCCUCCGGUCCCGGUCCCGGUCCCGGCCAUGAAGUUCCUGUACAAGGAGGAGCACCCGUUCGAGAAACGGCGCUGCGAGGGCGAGAAGAUCCGAAAGAAAUACCCGGACCGCGUCCCGGUAAUCGUGGAAAAGGCGCCCAAGGCUCGAAUCGGGGACCUGGACAAGAAGAAAUACCUGGUGCCCUCGGACCUGACAGUGGGACAGUUUUAUUUCCUGAUCCGGAAGCGGAUUCACCUCCGCGCCGAGGACGCCCUUUUCUUCUUCGUCAACAACGUCAUCCCCCCAACUUCGGCCACCAUGGGGCAGCUCUACCAGGAGCAUCACGAGGAAGAUUUCUUUCUCUACAUCGCCUACAGCGACGAAAGCGUCUAUGGGGCCUGAGCCCCCCCCGCCCCGCAGCCCCCCGACCCCCCCGCGGCAUCAAUAAACGCCAUGGAGCCGCC